UAGUGAAGUGACAGUGACAAAUGUGAUAGCCAAUCAAAUGUUUGUUCAUUCCUCUUAACUGUCCCACUGCGCACAAAAAAAAUGUGUUUUGUUUUUUCGUAUGAAAAAGAAAAGAUUAUAGCUGGUUGAACUGUUGAAUAAGAGAGAAUGCAAGUGGCAAUGAAGGCGCGUGGAUUUUUCAAAUUGUAUCAACAAGCUCUUGUACGCAGGCCGUACUUGAUGCAAGGAUUACAAAGUGGCAUACUUAUGGGCGCGGGAGAUCUGAUAUCUCAAACUGUGAUUGAAAAGAAAUCUACAGAUAUAAACUAUAAACGGACAUUACAGUUCACAUCCAUUGGAAUGUUUGUUGGAGGUCCAGCAUUACAUGUAUGGUAUGGAGUGUUGCAUCGAUAUAUUGGCUCUGCUGGGAAAUCUGUUGCGAUAAAAAAAGUAUUUGUUGAUCAGUGUGUAUUUGCACCUGUAUUUCUCUUCAUCUUAUUAUCUGCUGUUGGUACUCUGCAAGGGAAAACACUGGAACAUGUGGAAAAAGAUAUUCGAACAAAUUAUUUAGAUGUACUCAAAACAAAUUACUUCAUUUGGCCAUGGGUACAACUAGCAAAUUUUUAUUAUGUACCACUUCAAUAUCAAGUGCUUAUAGUUCAAACAGUUGCUCUGUUUUGGAACACAUAUCUUUCUUGGAAAACUAAUAAGGAUAAGUUGUAAUUUUAUUGCAAUAAAGACCCUGGGCACUGAUGCUUUAUGACUAAGGCUUUAAGCUAAGCUCAGAUGAGGGAGAUUUUGUCUCUAUAGUAAUUUGUUUUAUAUAAUUUUAUAUUAUAUAAAACAAAUUGUAUACAUAAGUAGAAAUAUUAGGUUAUUUAAAGAGCAUUUUUUAAUUUUUUGGCCAAAUACCUUGACAGACUGUACCUGUCUAUAUACUUUGUGUUGCAAUAACAAAUUGAAAUAAUUAACUAUCUAGACUUUAUUAAAUUUUACAGUUGACACUGUUACGGAUAACAUUUUUAGUUCAAUUUUGUCAUAUUUGGUAUAAUUUGUUAAACUUUGUAAAGGUUUCAUGGCAUGCCUGUUAUUUUAAAAAUACUUUGUUUAUUAAUUUGCUUCUGAAACUCAAAUUUUUGUCUACUUUGUAAUAAGAAUGUUACAUUUACCUACUAACACGUGUUAAUUAAAAAAUUAAAGGAGCAAUUUAAGCAAAAUUUCAUUAUGGUGUUAUAGUGCAAACAAUAUUUGCAUUGUAUCUGUAAAUACAUUGUUAGGGGGCAUUUAAUAUUAUGUAGAAAGUAUUUUCUAGUCUGAAGUUCAAAUAGCAAAUUUUUAAAGUGUUUUCACUUGUGUCAUGGUACCCAAAAUAAAGGAUUUUUAAAAGUUUAACAA